AGCAAAUCAAAUCACGCCCGAGUCGGUAGUCGCAGAUUUGUUUUGAGUUGCUUUCCUCAGAAAACAACGUGGUUCAAUCUGGCCUUAUAAUGCGAAGAAGUCUACUGCGGUGAAUUCCAUAGCUUUAUCAUCCAAAGAUCGUCAUGUAUGCUUACUUGAACGAGACCGACGACUCUACAACAGUGAACUUCAGCUCCUAUGGAAGUUUUCUACCUGGUAAAGGAAGCCAGCUCCUCACAGUUGGCGCUAAGCAUCUCCGAUUGUUUCGCACCAAUCCUUACACUUUGAUUCCUCCAAAAGACGCGUCGGACGAAUGGAAACAGAAAACCAAACUGGAAUGCGUGUUCAGUUGUCGCUUCAUGUCACCAAUUCAAUCAUUUGCAAAGGCUAAACUUCCAGGUUACCCCAAUAGUGAGGCCUUGCUGCUUGCUUUCGAAGGCUGUAACGUCUCUGUCGUCGCCAUCGAUCCUGAAGAUCGAGCUCUUAGCACUAUCUCCUUGCACAGCUUUUCUUCGGAGUUCAAACGCGAUGGAUUUACAUUUCAUUGCCACGAGCCUAUAGUUAGGACCGAUCCCGCAAACAGAUGUGGUGCUGCUGUAAUUUAUGACAGGAUUCUGGGUAUUCUUCCAUUUGAUGGCGACUUCAUCAAUAGUUUCUCAAUUCCUUUAUCCGAAAUUGAUCAUAGACUUGAGAACAUUGUUGACAUGGUUUUUCUGGAUGGAUAUUAUGAACCUACCUUACUAUUCCUGUACGAACCGCAUCAGACAACGGCGGGAAGGGCCUCGGUGCGGUACGAUACCAUGCACUUACUGGGGGUUUCCGUAAAUGUAUUCGAUGAGCAGGUUGCCAUUGUGUGGCAAGUGGGAAGUUUACCCAUGGAUUGUAACAGGCUUGUGGCUAUACCAAAACCACUGGGUGGAGUUCUGGUGAUUGGAUCAAAUGAAGUCAUAUACUUGAACCAAUCAGUGCCUCCCUGUGGGAUUAGCCUGAACAGCUGUUACGACAACUUUACGAAGUUCCCCUUGAAAGAUUUGAAACAUAUGUCUAUGACUCUGGAUGCUGGUGCAGCAGAAUGGGUUGGUAAUAAUCAUGUUGCAUUGGGUACAAUGGAUGGCAGAUUGUUCAUUCUUACUCUUCUCACAGAUUCUUCAGAAACUGUUAGAUCUCUUGAUAUAGAGCACGUUUUUGAUACGUCCAUUGCUUAUUGCAUGAAUUUAUGUUCUCCUGGCCGCCUCUUCAUCGGUUCUCGACUUGGUGAUUCUCAGCUUUUAGAAUUUAUCGUGGAAAAGGAGGAAAUAAAAGAGGAAUCCUCUCCGGAACCGAAGAAAGCCAAAGUCGAGGAAAAGAUAAACGCGGAUGAGGACGAUCUUGAACUUUAUGGCGAACAAAUUAUUGAACAAGUGGCAACAGUCAAGGAGAAGUACAAAGAGAAACUUAUAUUUUCUGAGCUCGAUCGGUUAACUAACAUCGGUCCCAUAAAAGCGAUCACCGCUGGUGGUGCCCAUGGAGUCAGUCCAAUUUUGCUGGAGCAGGAAAGAGCAGACCCUAUAUUUGAUAUUAUUGUUGCUUCUGGACAUACAGUCAAUGGUUCAAUUUGUGUACUGCAAAGGACGGUGCGGCCAGACAUAAUCACCAGCAGUUUCUUACAAGACGCUCAACAGCUUUGGGCAGUAGGAAGAAGAGAGGAUGAUUCUCACAAAUAUCUCAUCGUAUCUCGUACACGAUCUUCUCUGAUUCUUGAGUUAGGGGAAGAUAUGGUUGAAUUGGAAGAACCCCUUUUUCUGUCGGACGAACCUACCGUUGCAGCAGGAGAGCUAGCUGAUGGUGGUCUUGCUGUUCAAGUGACGUCACUGCGUGUAGCUCUUGUGGCAGAAGAAAAACAACUCCAACAGAUUGAUUUGGAUUCCAACUUCCCUGUUGUUGCCGCAUCAAUAGUUGAUCCUUACGUGGCUUUACUGACUCAAAACGGGCGCUUGAUGUUGUUCCAUCUUGUUUUGAACCCUGUUGUGCACCUACAGGAAAUUGACAUAUCCAACACUGCAUUUGCCGAAAGAACCGUUCAUCAUCGAGCUCCCUUGACGGCACUGUCUAUUUAUCGCGAUAUGAGUGGACUCAUGGUUUGCUCUCAAGAUGAUGCAAGCAUCGCUGAAGGAAGAAAAGCUAGCAGGUUAAGAAAGGCGGCUGCACGCCGAACUCUUGUGGACUCCAUCGACAUUGACCUUUAUGGCGAUGAGGGAUUACCCACUAGUAAUGCCGUCGUCGAUGAGGACGAGCUAUUGUAUGGAGAACCGGCAGGAAAUAAAAAAGAUGAGAACGUUCGAAAAAGGAAGAGGAUUGCUGACAUAAGUAGUGUCGCAACUGGAUGCGAGGAAUCAGAUGCCAUUGAUCCUAAUACUGUGGAGCCUACGUACUGGCUCGUACUAGCUCGCGACAGUGGGAAGGUUGUAAUCCACUCUCUACCGGAUAUGAAGAUAGUUUACCAGUUUUUGAAAUUUGGAUUGAUGCCUGAAAUAGUGACAGAUCUGAUGCCUGAAGAGGAAGAGAAGGACAAGAAAGAACAAGAAGCGCGCGCAGAGCAGUUUGAAAACUCUUCAAUACAAUUUCGGCCCAAUGAAAGGGUCGUCGAAUUGCAGAUUGUUGGUUUGGGCAUCAACCAGGGUCAUCCCACUCUAAUGGCUGUAGUUGACGACCAAGUCAUCACAUACGAAAUGUAUAAGUGGAGGAAUCCCCUGCGAGAACAUCUUGCUAUCGGCUUCCGCCGGUUGUCAGUGACUGUGACGAUCAGAUCCACUCCGUUCAUGGGACACGAUGGACGGAGAGCGGAAGUGGAAGUAGGAAGAGAAAUUGAGCAACAUCGGGUGAUCAUCCAUCCUUUCGAACGUGUCUGUGGCAUCAUGAAUGGUGUAAUGCUCUCGGGUGCAUAUCCUUGUCUGGUUUUGAUCGGAGCAUGGGGUGGUCUUCAGUGUCAUCCCUUGACCAUUGACGGUCCUAUAUCUGCUUUCACCCCAUUCAACAAUCAGAAUGUACCGAAUGGCUUUCUGUACAUCGUUAAGAAUUCACAGGAACUGCGGAUUGCCAAGUUGCAGAACGAUUUUGACUACGAACUGCCUUUUCCUUGUCGAAAAGUCCAUGUCGGCGCUACAGUACACCACGUGCGAUACGUGAUGAAUAGUCAAGUCUACGCUAUAACGACAUCCGUCCCCAUGAAAAGCAAUAAAAUCUGGGUAGUGGUAAAUGACGACAAGCAGGUGGAAACUCAUGAAAAGAACAAAAAUUUUGUCCUUCCGUCAAUUCCUCAAUACGCCCUCAAUUUAUAUUCUCCCGUAGACUGGAAACCAGUCCCAAAUACGGAUAUCAAAUUUGAAGAGAUGGAGGUUGUAACAGCAUGCGAAGAAGUGACAUUACGCUCUGAAUCUACAAUAAGUGGUAUGCAAGCGUAUCUAGCUGUGGGGACAAUCAACAAUUAUGGGGAAGAGGUGCUUGUAAGAGGUCGCAUAAUUCUUGCUGAGAUAAUCGACGUAGUUCCGGAGCCUGGAAAACCCACUUCAAAGCACAAAAUAAAAAUCUUAUAUGACAAGGAACAGAAAGGGCCGGUUACUGCUUUGGCAUCUAUCAAUGGACUGUUGCUCAGUGGCAUGGCACAAAAGAUAUUCAUCUGGGGUUUUCGUGACAAUGAUUUGCAAGGUAUUUCCUUUCUGGAUAUGCAUUACUAUGUGCAUUCUUUGAUCUCUAUGCGUAAUCUUGCGAUCGCAUGCGACAUGCACGACUCAAUGUCGUUGAUUCGCUUUCAGGAGCAGUUCAAAGCCCUUUCUGUUGCAUCUCGGGACGAUCGUGUGGAUGUCCCAUUUCCCAUGGCUGCACAAUUUUUAGUGGAUAACAAUCAUUUGGCUUUCUUGAUGUCUGAUGAAGCUGGCAAUAUUUGCUUGUUUAACUACAUGCCCGAGACACAAGAAUCCAACGGAGGUGAACGCCUAGUACUGAGGGGUGUCCUCAACAUAGGCACAAAUGUGAAUGCCUGGCUCCGGGUGAAAGGACACACUUCUUUGUUUGCGGUAUCACCGCUUGACGUCAAAAGCAUCACACAACAACAAACGAGUGUAUGGGCCUCUCUUGAUGGCUCUCUUGGCAUUGUGCGCCCGGUUUCAGAAAGGCAGUUUAGGCGGCUACACUUCUUGCAUCAGUGUAUGUCCAAUUCUGUAGGACAACUUGCUGGACUGAAUCCGAAGGGUGCUCGUGGAGGGAAGCCGAUUCGUCCACUUGUAAACGCUACCAACACCAAAAAUAUGGUUGAUGGGGAAUUGGUUGAACAGUUCAUGCAUCUUUCUACAUCAAGGAAACAGGACUUGGCGCGAAGUCUUGGAGCAAGCAGAUACCACAUAAUGGACGAUCUUGUGCAAAUCCAACGGCUCUCUACAUUUUAUUAGUUCAUUGCGAGUGAAUUCUUUGCUAGAAGGCCCAUCAUGCUUAAGCAUUUAUGGAAAAAAACUAUGGGAUGUCCUGGAAGUAUUGGGAUGCAUGCUCUGAAUUGUUCGCAUUAGAAUUAAUUUCUUGCUAAGCAAGAGUUGAGAUCUUUUAGCUGGGAGGACACAAGUGUCCCAGUUUCUCCUAUACUUCAAGUUACUGUUGUUUUCUAGCGCUGAAAAUUUUGAGAUGACGCUCUCCAUUGUAGUCCUAUUGCGCAUCUUGCAACUGUGAUCUCUUUGUUAUACCAAGUUGUUAUCGUUGAGAGUAAAUCUUCAUAGAGAAGAUGUAGAAGUUUUUUCGUGUCAGGCUUUUUAUAACCAUAAGGAUUAGUAUAAAGACGUAAGCACGACUGGCGCUAAGGUUAUGUGUUGAUCUUAUAGUUUGGAUUUGGUGAUGGUUUGAAAUGUUGAUUUAGAUCCUCUUCUUUCUGCUGAAAAUGGUUUGGCGAUGCUACCAUUCACUUUCGUUCAGGUGACA